CCGCCCCAACUUACAGAACUGGCUUCUCGGGUUUCGGGAGUGUUUCCCAUUUAAACAAACAGUGGCGAAGAUGGCGGAGAGUUAAUGGUGUAAAGAAGAAAUUAUCGAGCCGGGUAACGGCGACGCGUCCACGAGACUCCAUCAACCAGCCCCCAUAGGACCGCAAAGGAGGGGAUCCGAUCGUCCAUCAUCUCGGGCGCCUUCACAAGGCGCUGAUAUGUGCACACCAUGAGCGGAUUGGGGGAGAACUCCAUGGAGCCUCUGAGCACAGAGAACCGGAAACGCAAGCUCUCCACCUGUGACACGCCCGGUCUGGGGUGCGAGAGGAAGCGGCGGGAGCAGGAGAGCAAAUACAUCGAGGAGCUGGCGGAGCUGAUCUCCGCCAACCUCGGCGACAUCGACAGCUUCAACGUCAAACCGGACAAAUGCGCCAUCCUCAAGGAGACGGUGCGGCAGAUCCGCCAGAUCAAAGAGCAGGGGAAAGCUUCAUCCAACGACGACGACGUCCAGAAGUCAGACGUGUCCUCGACGGGUCAGGGGGUCAUCGACAAGGAGCACCUGGGGCCGCUCCUCCUGCAGGCUCUGGACGGCUUCCUGUUCGUGGUGAACCGCGAGGGCAGCAUCGUCUUCGUGUCGGACAACGUGACGCAGUACCUGCAGUACAAACAGGAGGAGCUCAUCAACACCAGCGUGUACAACAUUCUCCAUGAGGACGACAGGGAGGAGUUCCACAAGAACCUGCCCAAGACCAACAUAAAUGGAGUGUCGUGGGGGAGCGAGGCGGCCCGACAGAAGAGUCACACCUUCACUUGCCGGAUGCUGGUCAAGUUUGGCCACGCCCACGGCCCCAUGGAGGAGGGGCCAGGAGGGCCACGCUACGAGACCAUGCAGUGUUUUGCUCUUACUCAGCCCAAAGCCAUGAUCGAGGAGGGGGAAGACCUUCAGUCAUGUAUGAUCUGCGUGGCCCGUCGGGUGACCGCCAUGGAGAGGACGGAGAGUUUCAAUACCCGGCAUGAGCUGUCAGGUAAACUGAUCCAGAUCGACCAGAACUCCCUGCGGGCGUCGAUGCGUCCGGGGUGGGAGGACCUGUUGAGGCGUUGCAUUCAGAUGUUCCUUCAACACAGUGACGGGCAGCCCUGGUCGCACAAACGCCACUACCAUGAGGCCUUUCUGCAGGGUCACGCCGAGACACCCUUGUACCGCUUCUCCCUGUCCGACGGCACUCCAGUCACGGCGCAGACCAAGAGCAAGCUGUACCGCCACCCCAUGAGCAACGAGCCGCAGGGCUUCAUCUCCACUCAUCUCCUCCAGAGGGAACCAAACGGCUAUCGCUCAGCUCAGGGGGGGAGCAUGAUACCCAACGCAAUGAGACAACAGGGCAUGGGGGGCCCCAACCCGAAUGCCCAAAUGAACAUGAACACCAGCGGUGGGAUGGCCAUGGGGGGCAUGGGCAACGUGAGCAGGGGCUUUGGCAUGAGCGAGCAGAGCCACCUGGGUCACAUGGGCUCGAUGGGAGGCGGCUCCAUGUACGGUGGCAGCGGGGGAGGGGGAAGUGGAGGCGGAGGCGGAGGCAUGGGCAGCCGCAUGAUGCAGAUGAAUCAGAUGGGGCACAUGAAUCAGAUGGGUGCCAUGAAUCAGAUGGGUGCCAUGAAUCACCCGGGCCAAGGCAUGCCGCAGCACCCGCAACAGCACCCGCAGCAGCAGCACCCGCAGCAGCAGCACCCGCAGCAGCACCCGCAGCAGCACCCGCAGCAGCACCCGCUGCAGCACCCACAGCAGCACCCGCAGCAGCACCUGCAACAGCACCCACAGCAGCAGCAGCACCCACAGCAGCAGCACCCGCUGCAGCACCCGUUUCACAGCAGCGGAGGGUUUGGAUUGAGUGGCAUGAACAGCCCUUCUGGAAGCCCCAGAAUGGGUGGCCCCCAGCAGGGACUCCUGAUGUCACCCCGGAACCGAGGGAGCCCAAAGAUGGCCGCCAACCAGUUCUCACCUGGAGGUAUGCACUCUCCCAUGAGUGGCAUUGUCAGUGGUGGAGGAAGUGGAGGUGGCACCACCACCUUCUCCAGCAGCUCCCUAAACGCCCUGCAAGCGAUCAGUGAAGGAGUCGGAAGCUCCCUCCCCUCAACGCUGACGUCUCCCUCUCCGGCCCACAAGCCGGAUAGCUCUCCCAGCGUCCACUCGUCGUCCGCGCUGUCCGCUCAGCCGGCCAAGCCCGGCCAAGAUGGCUCCAAGAGCCCAGCUGGAGGCUUAGGGCCGGGGCCCAGUGACUACCACCACCCCCCCGUGCACCAUCACCACCAUCAUCAGCAUCCGCAGGCGGAGAGUUCCGGAGACCGACCGGACAGCCAGGCCGCUGCGGCAACAAAAGAGUCUGGGGAGGGAGGCAGCGAGGCCGGGGCGGCGAGCUCGGAUUCCUCUCGGAGGUUGCCGGACAGCAAGGGGCAUAAGAAGUUGCUGCAGUUGUUGACUUCCCCGACCGAGGAGCUGGGAAUGGGCGGCAGUGGGUCGUCAGGGCCCCCCGCGCCGCCCUCAACUACCGGCAGCGGCACUCCUGCGGGCUCAGACCCUAAGGACCCCACCGGAGGUAUGACGAGCCCCUCGUCUACUGGCGUGUCCUCGUCUUCCUCAGCCGGCGCCAAUCAGGGCCAGGCCACCGGUCCGGGGGGCGUGUUGACGUCAAUAGCGGCUGCCCACUACACAGGCUCGCUGCAGGAAAAGCACAAGAUCCUCCACAAGCUUCUUCAAAACGGAAACACCCCAGACGAAGUGGCUAAGAUCACGGCAGAGGCCACGGGGAAGGUGACCCUCGGGGGUCAGGAGGGGGGGGAGGCCGGCCCGGGGUCGGUCGCCGAGCCCAAGCAGGAGCAGCAGAGUCCCAAAAAGGAGAAGACGCACGCCCUCCUGCACUACCUCCUCAACAAGGACGAUUCCAAAGAGCCAGUGGAUGUAAAACCGAAGCUCGAGGAGCUGGAGGGGAAGGCGGCCAGCGGCCCAGUGCGGGGGGGCCCUGGAUCCGGAUCCGGGACCGGCCCCGCGUCCGAGCAUCCCGAGAGCAAGAUCAAGUCAGAGCCCCCAGAUGACCUGCACAACCUGGAGUCCAUCCUCGGAGAUUUGAGAGGUUCAAGCUCUGACUUUUACCCGGAUCAGGCUGGAGGUGGAGGGGCUAACGACACGGGAGGCAAAGCCCAGGGUUGCCUUGACGACAGCCUGCGGGGGAGUCCAGGAAUGGGUCCGGGGCCUCGGGGGCCCUUCCAGAGGGCCUUGUCCAUGGACGGGAAGCCUCCUGUUGGGCCUGCAGGAGCAGGUAGACGCCCGAUGCUUAUCAAGCAGGAGAACAUGAUGGGCAGCCCAGACGGAUACCCGGCAAACAUGGGUGAGCCCAUUGUCUCUCCCUUUAAUCAGAGACCAAUGAACAGGGGCAUGGUUCCCCAGAGGUCCCCCAUGGGGGGGUCAGGAGACUGGGGCAUGAGCCGAUCUGCUGGCAGCCCAGUGGGCCCAGCGGGACACCCCUCCAUGAUGCGCCAGGGCAUCGAGUACGGGAACAGCAAGGGCAUGAUGUCAGGACCUAUGGUGGGCCGCUCCAACAGCGUACCGGGCUCCAGGUCUAUGCUGCAGCAGCAGCUCAUGGAUAUGGGAGGCUCCGCCGACAUGGGCAUGGGCAUGAGCCCCUUUAGCCAGCAGGGCCAGACUAACCAGUCCCCCUCCUGGCCGGAGCCUAUGAUGGGCAUGGAGGGUAACAGACGCCAGUUUGGCAACACCUUGGAUGAUCUCUUGGUGCCUCCCACCACCAGCGAGGGUCAGAGCGACGAGCGGGCGCUUCUGGACCAGCUGGACUCGCUGCUGAAUAACACGGAUGGCAUCGCUCUGGAGGAGAUAGACAGAGCCCUGGGCAUCCCAGACCUAGUCAGCCAGAACCAGGGAAGCGAGCAGCAGAUGGAGCCGUUUUCAGGACAGGACCCGUCCAUGGUGCUGGACCAGAAGCCCCUGUACGGACAGGGCUAUCCGGGACCCCCCUCUAUGCCACUGCAGUCCGGCUAUGGAGGGAACCCCAUGCAGGGGCAGGGCCAGCCGGGGGGGUUUGGGCCAAUGCUGUCUCAGAUGGGGCAAGGCGGCAGCUUCCCAGGAAUGGGCGGCAUGGGCGGCAUGGGUCACCCCCGUGCCAACAUGAUGAGACCCAGGAUGAUGACCGCCAACAAACCCAUGAGGCUCCAGCUGCAGCAGAGGCUGCAGGGACAGCAGUUCAUGAGUCAGACGCGGCAGGGCAUGGGCAUGAAGAUGGAGAACCCAGGAGGCAACCCUGGCAUGCGGCCCGGCAUGCAGCCUGGCAUGGGAGGACAGCCGGGCUUCCUCAACGCUCAGAUGAUGGCUCAGCGCAGCAGGGAGAUGGUCACCAUGCAGAUGAGGAGGCAGCGCAUGAUGAUGCUGAUGCAGCAGCAGCAGCAGCAGGCGGCUGCUGCGGCUGCUGCUGGAGGAUUCAGUCCGCCUCCAAAUGUCACAGCUCCCGGUGGCAUGGAGAACCCCACGGGGGGUCCAAACAUGGGCCAGCCGGGCCCCCAGCAGUUCGGCUACGGUGGGAACUAUGGCAUGGCACAGCAGGUAGACCCCUCGUUCGGCCCAUCAGGCGGCAGUCCUCCAGGCGCCAUGAUUCCUGGCCGACUGGGGCCCCAAAACCCCAUGAUGCAACAGCACCCGCAAGGCGGUCCCAUGUACCAAGGGGCAGAUAUGAAGGGCUGGUCGCAGGGAGGCGCGGGACGCAACAGUUCGUACCCUCAGCAGCAGUUUGGGCCGCAGGGGAAUCCGGGCCAGUAUGGGGGCAUGAUGAUGAACGGGGGCAUGCCGGCGAGCGGAGGAGGAGGUCACAUGGGCCAGAUGGGAGGGCAGAUGGGUAUGAACCCAAUGGUGAUGGGACGCAUGCAGAUGGGGCCCGAUCAGAAAUACUGCUAAACAUCGUGACAGAAGCAUUCGUCUCUCUGUGAUCUCCAUCAGAGAGCGAAGCCGGCAGCAGCACUGGAGUCAGUGUGUGCGUGCGUGUGUGUGUUUGUGUGUGUGUGUGAAGGGACAGGCAGUGUGUUGUCUGCGUGUAGUGACGCACUCCCACCAGAUGGGGGGAGUCGACUUCCUCCUUCCUGCCAGUGAUGGCGACCUGAGAGACAACAGACUGUCGCACACAAACAUGAAAUGAGAAACACUGUGACACAUUUACACACACAGGAAUCCCUCAGACAGGAGGCUGACUGCAGUUUAAUAUAACUCUCUUCAUGAGAGCCUCAAUCGCACACCGCUCUCCCGACCAAACAGCGACGCUGGAUGCACACUCGACUUGAAACAUGGACGUGUGGAGACAUCGUCUCGUCUGUCGAAUGCACCGUGAAGCUGUGUCCCCAUUCCGAACAUGUGAUUCCUCUUCUGUUCCUGAACUGGGUGGCACGUCUUCUUCUUCCUGUUUUUAGUCUUUUUUUUUUUUUUUUACCCGGAGGAUCUCAGCGUGUGUAAAGUAGGCUCCGAUUGUGACACUGGGAUGAAUGUUGUGGAGCAGUAGCAGAUCGUUGCCCCCUCCAGGACGAUGGAGCCCCUCGUUGGCUGAUUGCACUUUAAGGAAAGGCCAACAUCAAAGGAUUGUGGCAAUUUAGAGGCCUUUACCCAAGAAUGAAUCCAUAGCAGCAGUUUAUUCUCUUCAGUCUGUGUGUGUCUAUCUAGUGGGAGCUGUUAAUUGGAAAUGGGUGGUAAUCUUUGUUCUAUAGUGGGAACCAGUAAAAAGACGGCGAGCACAGAUUUUUAUCCAAGUCUCCAUCGGUACUGAUUCAUAACGAGUAGAGAAACGGAUCCUAAGCCGAUUCAAACAAACACUGUUCUAUUAAUGUUCAAAACUCCACUUAUAUUCAUAGCGAUUCAUUUUAUCAUUCCAGAGGUCAUUUUUAAGUCCCCAAUGUUGUAGAUAUUUUGGUUACCUCGCACCAAUUUAGUGUUACUACAAGUGCAGAAAUAUAAUUGAUUGCCAAUUAUGAAAGUGUUUCUAUAUUAGCUCCCACUGUAAGAGAAAGUGGAUGUUAGUUUUCUAGCAAUAAUCAUUCCUCCUGAGGACAAAGCUGAAGUAUCAUUUACUCAAAGCGACGGUACUGCAGUAUUAGACAUUGUGUCAUGUUUGUUUUUGUGAAUAUGAAUUGUAAAUAUGCUUCAAAUGUACUAUAUUUAAAUAUAUAUAUGCUUUUGUAGGUCACAUACUGUUUUUGCACAGAUUGUAUGGCUUGAUAUUUAAAAGUGUAAUUUUCUUAAUCUGUCAUAGGUCAGCUUUUAUUUUCAAUACUUUUACCAUCGGUUGGAACUGAAGGGCCUCCUUUUUCUAAGCAGAUUUUAUUUCCUAAUGUGGUUUUCUUCUUAAAAAGCAUCCUUUAUUUUCUCAAGAGCAAAGAGGUGCUAUCUUUCUUUUGGUACAAACUGAGAAAACACACUGUAUGCCUGGACAAAAAGAGUGGACACGUGAUUGCGUUUGGCUCCUCGGGGCCCAGAUGUUUUACCUGUAUGUGGGGCGGAUGUUUUCUGACGCUGCCACAUACGUUUCACUCCUGAGAUUUCUGUGCUUUUGGAAUGUUGAAGAUGUGAUUGUUCGGCCUCGAGAGACUUUGGAAAUCGACCCCACUGUAUAACUGUCCAUAAGUCCUUUUGAUGAUGGAAACAACACAUCAACUGGUUUGAAUCCCUGAUUUCCUGUCAACGACAGGUGACUUUUUCCUCAUCUUUUCUUUAUUUAUUUUUCACAUUCCAGUUUGCCUUUAUUUUCGUUGUAUUUCCUGUGAUGCUUUUGUUGAGAAAUCUACCUUUUGAUCACAUGCUCAAUCCAAAGAUUUUUGUUUGUCAUCCUGCAGUGCUUAGAAAACAUGUUCCUGACGUAGAUCGUGCAAGUGCUUAUGUGUGCUUUUACUGUCACACAUAACCUAUAAUAUACAUUGAACUAUAUAUGUUUAAUUGCAUAUAUUAUAUCCCUGUCCGUCUGGCAUAGAGUAGAGACGAGUCUGGUUCUGCUGAGGUGGUUUGAGUUUUUGUUUGUGAUUGUUUCUUCCUUUCUGUAGAACUUAUGGCCAGUUGAAUUGUGGUGCUGCCAAGAGUAAUUUCACAACAGAAUGUUGAGGAAUUUCUAAGCUACAGAGGUUUCAUGAUUGAUGUCAUUAUGUCGCAGAAGAAUAGCCUGGAGUUGUUAGUUUGUUUCUAACCCCAAUCUAAACGAAGAAUUUGAAAUCUACAAAUGUAAAAACAAAAAACAGGCCUGUUUUGCUUUGAAGGAAAGAAACUCCUAUCAGUGCAUCUUUGGAGAUGAAGAAAAAAGAAAAUACAUCUGGGAAACAGUCAUUAUUACAGGAUUUAAAUUACUAUUGCAUUUUUUCUUACCUUGUUUCUUGAUGUUAAUAUCGAUGUAAAUACAAAUUUAUAUUUAAACA